AUGAUAUUACUUACUCCCCUUCAGUGAGCGAACAAAAAUAUUUGUUUGCUCACAAGGGGAUCAAUUUUUUUUUAAAAGAAUUUAUAUAUAAAUUUUAGAGCAAUUUUUUUUAUAAAUUUAAAAAUAUCCCAAUUCGCAAAAAAUGGAACGCAAAUAUUUUUUUAAAUUUGUAAAAUUUAUUUUUUAAACUGCAAGCUGCUUAAAAUUUAACAUAAUUAGCUAGAGAUUUCAUAUAAUAAUUAUCACUUACAUAUCAAAAUGUUUUUCAUACAAAUUUUUUAUUCGCUCAUGGAGGGGGAGUUAGAGGUUUCCGAAGCUCAUUAAGAUUACUGAACAAAAAGGAUUACUAUAAAAUUCUAGGUAUAUCUUCAAAUGCAUCUCAAAGCGAUAUAAAAAAGGCCUAUUUUGAGCUCGCUAAAAAAUAUCAUCCAGAUGUCAACAAAUCUCUCGAUGCUAAAGCAAAAUUCGCAGAAAUUAAUAAUGCGUAUGAAACAUUGGGAGAUUUAGAAAAAAGAAAAGCUUAUGAUAAUACUGGGAUGACAGGAGAUGAACAAGAGCAAGCAAAAGCUUCAGGGUUCAAUGCUUCUGAGUUCAAUGGAUUUAAUCCUUUUGGAAAUUUUACAAGUAAAGGAUUUACGAAUAACUUCACAGGCUUUCAAGAUAUAUUUAGCGAAUUCGGUGACUUUUUUGGCCAAGGAGCCUCCAAUCAUGAUCAAAGUGUUUAUCAAGGCGAAGAUAUAGUGUUAACUAUGGAAAUUUCGUUCUUGGAAGCAGUCAAUGGUGUCUCAAAACAAAUAAUAUUAGACAAAAGGACGAUUUGCAAAGCUUGCAAAGGCACAAAAGUAAAACCAGGAUCUUCGCCAGUAAAAUGCGAUCUUUGCGGAGGACUUGGGGUCAUAGUAUUCCAAAAAGGUCCAAUAACUAUCCAGACGACAUGUAAAAAUUGUCAAGGUAUAGGCAAAAUAAUAAAAUCGUUUUGUACUGCAUGUAAAGGAACAGGCAUAGCCCAUGAAAGACACACAGAUACAGUCAUAGUUCCACCAGGGAUUAAUACAGGUUCUUCAUUAAAAAUCAAAGGAGGAGGGAACUUUUCAGAAAACGGAGACAACCCUGGCGACCUUUUGAUAAAGUUUAUAGUCAAGCCUCAUCCAGUUUUUAAGCGAAUAGGAUAUGAUAUACACUCUGAAGUAUCAUUAUCUGUUUCCCAAGCAGCACUUGGAGGUACAAUAGACGUCGAAACUUUGGCAGGAAAUAUAAAGUUAAAAGUAGAACCAGGCACAAAUCCUGGACAAACUGUUAAACUAGCGAGUCAAGGAAUAAGCCACUUGCCUCCUCAUCAGACGAAAAAAGGAGAUCAUUAUAUUAAAUUCACAGUAGUGAUCCCUAAGCAUUUAACAAGAGAAGAAAGGAGGCUGUAUGAGCAGCUUGCAAAAUUGAAUGACGAAAAGUCAUAA